GAGCUAAAAUUGAUUGAAGAUUUCUGGUUUGAAGAGAGAGAAAGUUAGUGAGAAAAGCUAAAGGAACUAGAAGAAGAGAAAGAGGAGGAGAAGAAGAAGAAAGGGAGCAUGACUAUUGAUCUGGGAGCAAAAUACCAUCGUCCCUUGUAGAAUUACAACUCUGCUUCUGGUGAUGCCUGCCGGUAUUUUUACUACCGAACCUGGAGAGUUCUCAAGUGCAAAAUACGACCAUCCUGCCCCAAAUUACUGUCGUAUUUUCCAUUGGUCUAGCUUGUAUUUUUACCGCCGAACCAUGCCCUUGAAGAUUUCCGAGGAAGUACAAAAUACAGGCAAGACAGGAAGGAAUACGGUCGUAAUUCACACAUUACAGGCAAUGUUUCACUAAAUACGGCCAUAUUCUUCCUCUUAUCAGCUUAAGCAAAAUGUGCAUUUUGGGCAAAAUACAGGCAGAGGUGAAUUGCGACUGUAUUUCUGCCCGUUUAUCGCCCAGAAUCGGGUUAAAAGAGGCUGAUUCGAGCCAAAGGAAGGGGAUUCAACUUUUUAGAGCAAAAACUAGAGUUCUAGAGAGAGAAAGUGUGAAGAACAAACCCUAGGAGCUAUUUGGAGUGGAUUUCUCACCAUUGAAGCCCAGAUUGUGUCCUAAAAGUAAAGAUUGACAUCCCGGAGCAUAUUAUUCCCAUCUUUAUGAGUAUGAUUGUUUUGAUUUCUGUUUUCCUCUCUCUCUCUCUAUCUCUCUUUGUAGUAUACCUUUCUCUCACUUGGGUAUGAAGAACCCUAGUUCCAUGAGUUAGAGAUCUUGAUUGUAAUAACUUUUGGGAUGAUAUACUGAUUGAUUUUAAUCGUUGAAAUGUGUUUAUUGAGUUAAUUGAAUCUUGAUCAACUUCUCUUGAUUUUUGCUUAAACCUGUGAUAGAUAGAAUCUGAAUAGGUUGUUAGAGUUUGUUCAAUCGAUAGGAGUGAAUUGAUUGUACGAGAGUCAGUCACUUCACUGAUUUUUACUGGAAUAUGUUUCUAGUAGUGGAGUUAUGUGUUCAUUGCCUUAGCAUUCUAUCUAGGUGAAGACUAGUCGUCUGCCGCUUAGUCUGUCUGAGAGGGCUUGGUUAGCUUAUGAGAUUCCAAGCUGCCGUUGGAUCUUUCGCAGCUUAAUCAACAAUGAAUCAACCAUAGGAAAUUACAAUUUGGACCUUACUAAGGAGCUAGGGAGACUCAUUCCUGAGUGACUCUUAUCUUGCUUCAAAAAACCGGACAAUUUACUGUUUUCUUUCUGUUUUGGUUUCAAUUCAACUUCACUCACUUAGUCCCGCUAGAUAAUAGAAGUUAACGGAGUAGGAAGUAGAUCUAGACACCGGGUUGAUAGAUUAAACCUACCCACUAUUCUGCAUUUUCAUAUUGUGAUUAUACUUGGUCGUAGUUCGGUGUUGUGUUCUAACGUGUCAAGUUUUUGGCACCGUUGUCGAGGUAUAUCUAGCUUAUUGGAGAAACGUGAACAUCUGUUACUUUAGCAUUUAAUUUUUUUCAUUUUCUUCUUCCCCAUGUGUGCCUUCAUGGGCUGUGCUUGUAGUAUGUGUUCAGGUAGUGCAUGACCCGUAGCUAGUCGAGAGAGCUAUAUUCGUUAGAUCAAGAGCUCGAACGAACUUGUUGUAACUCCAAGCGAGCUUUGAAGGCGUGACUAGCUGCGGAGAAAGCUUGGGAGCAUCCGCACACCACCGAGGAGGAAGAGAUGGGGGAACCCAAUAAUGGCGGGGAGCAUUUCCCCGAUGAACAUACCAUGGGAAACUACUGGACCGCCAGGGCUGCAAACAUGAGGUCACCCAUCCAGCACCCUCAAUUUCCUGCUAAAAACUUUGAGGUGAGCACCUCUGUCAUCACCAUGCUGCGCAACUCGGUGGUAUUCCAUGGGAAAUCGGGCGAGUGCCCCAGAGCCCACCUACGACGAUUUCACGAGCUGAUUAAUGGAAUCAAGAUUAACGGUGCCUCGCAGGAUGCCAUUCACUCUGGAGGGACAGGCCAAUGCGUGGCUGGACAACAUACCUCCGGGGUCCAUCACGACCUUCAAUGUCUUGGCCAACAAGUUCUUGACCCUCUAUCAUCCCCCAUCCAAGACAGCUAACCUGCAGAAGGAGAUUACACACUUUGCCCAGGAGGAGGAUGAAACCUUUCGGGAUGCUUGGAGAGGUAUACCAGCCUUUUCCUGAAUUUUCCCAACCAUUGUUUUAAUGACGCCUUUAAGGUGGGCACAUUCUACCAUGCCCUCUUCCCUGAAGAUAAGCAGUUGAUCGACUCGGUCUAUGGCGGGAACAUGCUGACAAAGACGCCACCCCAGUUGAACCAGCUCUUUGACGAAAUGGCAUAGCAGGGGUAUGAUUGGGGGUCUGUUAUGAGGUUUAGGAGAGUACCAAGACGGGGGUGUUCAUGGUGAGGACACUCAUUCAUCUGAAUUGGUGCAUGUUGUUUCUAAACUGGUCAGCUAUUGAUCGGAGUGGGAUGAUUGCUAGGACACGGUAUCAACAGGCAAUGCGUUACCUGUGGUAUGAGAGCUCCCAUCACACCAUAGAAGACUAUCAGGUUAUGAGGGAAUCUACUACUCCCCAGGAGCAGCUAGACUUCAUAAGCAAUACUAGGUGCUUCGACCCCCUACAGUAAUACCUAUAACGAAGGGUGGCGCCAACAUCCCAACUUCUCUUGGAGUGGCAGCAAUCCUCAGCCACCAGUCACCCAAGGACCACCAGGUUUCCAGAGACCGUCAUAUAAGCCCAGGUAGGGGAAAUUACAGCAGCAACAAUCUCUCUACUUGCCCAGACUGGGGCAAGCUCUUCAGCAUCCGAGGCCAUUUCAGCAGUCAAACGCAGCUCCUACAGCCCUAGUAUAGCACGAUCUGAUGGCUGAACUGCGCGACUUGGUGGGUUCUCUUGCCAGUUCCAGUGCUUAAAAAUUCAACAAUAUCGAGUAGUUCAUGGAUAAGGCCUCGAGUAAAUUCCUGGCUCUUGAAGCUAGCUCGAGGAACACACAGGUUGCUUUGCAGAAUAUCCAGACCCAGCUAGGGAGUGUGGCUCAAGUAGUGGCACAAAGAGCUCUGGGAUACCUUUCCCGGUUAGACAAUCCCUAAUCUGAAGGACCAGAAUAGCCACUGCCAUGUUGUCACUACAAGGAGCGCCAAGGUGACUGCAGAACCACUUGUCCAAGCCAGACAGGCGGGAGAGAGACCUGCUUCAACACUUCUAGCUGAUGAAGAAGAAUGGAGAAAGAGAGUGAGGUGCCUGCUCCUAAACCACAACUAGUGGGAAAGAUUAUGUCCCUCAACUUUCCUUCCCUACACAAUUACACAAAGACCGACUGGAGACUAAGUUUGCCAAGUUCAUGGCAAUGCUGAAGCAGGUGAACAUAAGCAUGCCUUUUGUGGAGGCAUUUUCGAAGAUGCCCAAGUAUACUAAAUUUAUAAAAGAUCUCCUCACCAACAAGAAGUAUAAGUUGAGUGAGUUUGCCACUAAGGAGCUCAACGAGGAGUGUUCGACCAUCAUGCAGAACAACCUUCUGUAGAAGCAGAAGAACCCAAGUAGUUUCAAGAUCCCAUGUUCUAUCGGUAAAAUGCAUGUUGAGAGGUCCUUGGAAAACCUAGGUGCUAAUAUUAAUGUUAUACCCUAUACUUUGUACAAGAAGCUAGGCCUAGGUGAACCAAGUAACACUAGGAUGAGUAUUCAAUUAGCUGAUCGAUCUGUAGUUCAUCCUAGGGGCAUAGUGGCAGACCUCCUAGUUAAGGUUGACAAAUUCUUUUAUCCUGCAGAUUUUGUUAUCUUGGACAUCAAUGAGGAUGAAAAAGUGCCCCUUAUUCUAGGUAGACCUUUCCUGGCUAUUGCCAAGGCUCUCAUAGAUGUGCAUGAUUAGGGCUGGUAAUCGGUCGGUAACCGGUUUACCGGUUACCGGUAUACCGGAAAUCCUUUGGCGACUGCCGUUUACUGUAGCCGGAUCCAAUUCGGUAAACCGCUUACCGAUUGUAACGGUAUGGUAUUUUUGCCGGUUUCCCGUGUUACCGACUGCCUUUCCGCGGCAUGAUUGUCCCCUGCUUCUCUAUGGGGGUAAGGGUAAUGUGACUACUGACAAAAACAAUUACAAAAGUAAAAAGCUAAACUUCUCUCCUCCCAUUUUACUCUCCAACGGUGGCCUGCUGCUUUCUAAAUAGAUUGCAACUGCUCCUCUCUUCCCUUAAACACAGACACACAAAAAAAAUUCAAUAUAACAUCAUCAGCUCUAAUCGUUCCAACUCGGCCAAAUCACAAAUCACACUUAAUUGAUUCUAACCUGAACUCCGACGAGGUGCUGGGCGGCUUGGUCGAGCGAGAAAGCUCCAACGGCGACGGGGACGAGGAGGGUUGGGUCGAUGGAGAUGGGGUCCAACGGCAAUGGGGGCAGAGGGCGUUCGGUUGUUGGGUCGUGCCUCACGAGUUGAGCGUUCAGCGACGAGCCAGCGACGGAGAGGGUGAAGGUUGAAAGCUUGGGUUUGUUUGGCGGCGUUUGGAUUCGUCGAUUUUGACUUUCUUUCUUGCGGAGUGAGUCGUGAGGAAAGCAGAGGCAAGAGAAGGAAAUAAAUCCACUUUUAAUAUGUUUAUUUACUCCUAUUCCUAAUUAGAAAAGGCUAGGGAGUAGUGAGGGUUGGGGAUUUCUGGGGCGGCAGCACCUUUCAGAUUCCGGUAUCGGAUAACCGGCCAGCCGUCGGUAAGGUGCAACCCCGAUCCCGGUAUUACCGUUGCCCAUCUGACCCUUCCGCAUACCGUUGUUCACGGUUAACGGUUUAACCUGUUACCGCCGGUUAUCGGUACGGUAUCCGGUUAAACCGUUAACCAUAUAACCAAUUACCAACCCUAUGCAUGAUGGGACCUUGAUCUUGAAAGAUGACGAGGAGCAGAUAACAUUUUCCAUUGCUAAAAAUAUGAAUACUAUCUCUCAUGUGCAUGAUUUAUCUCACUAGGUACACGAGGCUAUUGUGUAUCCUUCUGUGUCUCCCGUUUUACAGGACUCUGCACCCUUCCUCCUACACCACUCGUCCUUCCUCAGUUACCAAAAGAGCGGAUUAAGGAGGAGUGGCGGCCGAAGCUGUAGGUAACCAAGCCUGUUCAAAAGAAAAUUGGACACCACUAUGAGCUGGUCCCGACCCUUGAGCCACGGCCACCCUAACCAUUCGAGUAUUCACUCGCGUGUAUCCUACCGAUGGCUAGGUCGAGUUGACAUGUGCUGGUGGUCACACCCGUCGUGUGCCUGGCCACCAUCUGAAGUUUUACCUCAAGAGCAAUGUGGAUCCACUCUUGGAGGCACCUAUUCCUACACCUCUCUGAGCAUCCACCCUCUGCGUCCAGCUAAAGACGUAAAAGAAGCGCUUGUGGGGAGGCAACCCCACCAUGGUUUGCUUUUCUUUUGUUUGUUUUUUGGUUUUUUCCACUUGGAACUAUGGUUUCUUUCACCCAGUGUGUGUAUUUGCAUGAAUCUAGAUCUGUGCCCUUUGGACUGGUCCCCUUCCAGUCCCCUACUCUUGACUGGUUUGCCUUCCAGUCACUAUUCCCGAUCAUCAUUUCCCGGUAAUAUCGCUCCCCUUUCCUCUGCUCCGUUAAGGGCAAUGUCGAACUUAAGUGUAGGGGUGCUUUGUAUUUAUUGGAACAUAUGUAUGUGUGCUUGGAUCCUAGUCCGCUGUCCAAAUCUUGAGAUUUGAGGGCUCCAAGUACUGAUGUUUUCAUGAUCAUAUUGGCACUGUGGUUUAUGUGGUGAAUCAAAUGGAUGUUGAUAUUGAUGCAUGAAAACUUGAUUGUGACUUGGACAACCUAUAGUGAUGACUGAGAUGUCCAGUAGAGUUGUGUAGGGGUUCAGUUUUUCAACUGUUUUCUUACCAAAUGUGACUUGGAUUGAUCAAUUAUUUUUUACAUUCGUUUAUGCAACUAGUUCAGGGAAUCAGAAUGAGAGAUAGAGCAUAUAGGUAGUCAUGUGGAUUUGAGCCUGCUCGUUUCUUUCUUGUGCGAUAGAUCCCUCUUCCAUGGUGUGUAGCAUUCACGUUGUCACUAAUUAGGAUUAUGCAGGCAUAGGAUUAGCCCACGACCAAAUUGAAUGUCCUAGUGUCAUACCCCUAGUCAGCCCCUUUGAGCCGUGUAACUUUCUUUCUUUUGGUCUACAAUGAAAAAUCACCCUUUUGCAUUUCUUAGAGGUUCCACAGAGUGGUUUUUGCAUGUUUUAUGUUUUUUUCUACUGGAAAUAAGAUGAGGGUUGGAGGUAGUUCUUAAAAAAUGGGGCAUGUGCUUGCAAGAAUAAAAGAUGUGUAAAAGU